UCAUGAGGCUUCCUGUAAGGCACCGGCUGUGGUAACAAGUGGAAAGUGUCACUGGGCACUUUAAAGAAGAGAGAGGGGCCUGAAUGAGGAGGCAGAGGGAUGAGCGACAGAAAGAGAUAGAGAAAGAGGGAGGGAGAGAUUGCUCAAGAGAGUGAGAUAGUGAUGUGCGAGUAGAAAGACAGAAGAGAAAGGAAAUCUUCUAAACUCUUCGGUCCAGCAGAGAGACAACGAUGUGAUUCCUCUCGGGGACCCCCUGCUACCGAACUGACCGAGUCAUAUUGUGGUCAUCACCAUGACGAUCCUGCUGUCCCUAUUCUUACUGGUGGUUCUGUUUUCAGUGCAUGCAGUCAACUUUCACAAAGGCUUAAGAGGACUCUCUUGUGUAAAUGACUUCGUCAACAAUAUCAGCUGCACAUGGGAAAGCUCUGCAGCGACUCCCCAUGCGGACUGCUGGAUCUUUGGUGAGCAGUCAACAUUUAUCGGCCGAAUACUGGGAGUUACGGAAAAAAUGAUUGGACGCUGCAAGUUGAAACAACAGAUUCACUUUACUCGAGGCUGCAAUCUUGUCUUUAAAAAUAUAAGAUUUAGCACUAUUAAUACCAUGCCCUACAUCCGUGUGGAGUGUAACGGCACAAUGAUGGAGAACAUCACAGACUACAAACCAGUGCAGCACAUAAAAAUGCAUCCUCCAGGUGUUCCUAAUGUCAACAGCACAGCCAAUGAGACGAGUAUAUCGUGGCGUCCAGGCAGUCUUCCCUCUAAGUACUUAACAACCUUAAGCUUUCAAACUCAGAUCAAACAGAAACACCAGACAUGGAACGAGGCCAUUAUUCUGUCCACUCUUGAACGAGAGCUAAGGAUUCCUGCUGGGAAACUAAAGGGUCACUGUGAGGUCAGGGUGAGAGUCAAACCCAUUUUAAAACACAAGAAUAGCCACUGGAGCAACUGGAGUCCAACAACAUCCUGGACAUCACAGAAUCGAGAACGGCUUCUGAGUCUGACGCAACUGAUAAUAUUGGGAGUGAUUUUGGGCGUCAUCCUGGGUCUCAUCACUGUAACGGUGUUCGUUUACAGGAGUUGUGUGAGCAGGGGGCUCCUCAAAGGGAAGCCGUUACCAAACCCUUCAAAAUACUUCCACACUCUCCACUCUGUCCACGGAGGAAAUCUAAAGAAUUGGCUGAACCCUCUGUCAGUGUCUGAGGCCUUCUUCACGGCGCAGCCUCGUGACCCCAUCUCCCCGUUAGAGAUGUGUGAGAGCUGGGAUGUCGCCCCCCCCCCCUCCUCCACCAGCGCCCUGCUUCACUGCAGCACUCACCCCUCCACCAUCUCAGACUCCAGCGGGGUCGUUGAUAACUCCUCUUCCUCCUCUUCAUCCUGCUUCUCCAACAUGGGCUACUUCAUCUCCAGCUCCUCCGGCAACAGCUCCGUUCGAACUGACCCCAACCCGGCAUACUUCACCUAUAGGGAGGAUUUCCACAACCAUCUUCACCUCAACCUCUGUUCUGCACCUGAUACCUUUCCAAACUACGAGAGCUUAAAGAAACCGCCGCAGAGCCCAGACUCCGGAUUCGGUUUUGGAAAGGAAGAUGAAGAGUUUGUGGAAGACGAAGAGGUUUUUGAUGAUCAUCCUCCUCUUCUUACUCUCCACCUUCCUUCGUGGAUGUGCCCUCCCUUCGCUGCUACGACCCCUCCAAGUCCUACUCUGAUUUCCCCCGAAAGUCAGCAGGAGGAUGUUCCUGCAGCAGGAGAUGGUGGCAGCUGGCCUUCAGCGGGAUCCAUGAGCAGGUCCUCCUCCAUGCCUGUCGAGCCAUACAGAACCGGGUACAUGACCCUCAAAGAGCUGCAGACAACAUUCAGCAAUAAAUCCAUCUGAACACUUUUCAGAAUCUGAAUCAGAAUUCCUUUAUUUGUCCCGCAGCGGGGAAAUGUACAUUAUUAAAACAGCAGAAGUGUAGUGUAGCUAAAGCAAAGAGAAUAGACUUACAUGUUUGAAAAAAAAAAAAAAAGUAGGCCCACGUCACAA